GCUGAGAUAGUUUCUAUUGAAAACUUUCGAGAAUGGUGCUACCUAUGCUGCCCAACAUGCCACAAAAAAUUAAAACAAGAGGAUGACAGGUUUAGAUGUCUUACGUGCAACAUGAGCCUUGCAGACGGAGUGUAUCGUUACAAGGUCAGCGUGUGUAUAAUGGACAACACUGGGCAUGGAAAUUUUAUUUUAUGGGACAUGGAGUGCAUUGAGAUUCUGGGGAAAACUUCUGCAAGCCUAAUGGCAGAGGUGGAGAAGAACACAGGGGAUCUGACACGCUUUCCCGAAGAUAUUGAAAGUUUGGUUGACAGAAAGGGAAUAUUUAAAAUACAGCUUAAGAAGCAAAGUGAAGAAAAUGCCUACAAAUGUGGGAUUUCACUAGGAGUUGUUAGUAUGAUUCGAGAUCCUACUGUGCUAGCUAUGUACGAAGGAAAGCAGGAACACUUGGGAAGAAAUGAAAGUAAUGAGACCACACCAGAAAAGGUGGAUUCAAACGCAAACAAUGCAGACAACUCCAACAAUAUAAGAGAAAAGUCUACUGUCACUAAGGGCAAGGGGAAAAGGAUUUCUGCAGAGAAGGAGGUUAUUGCCCCCAUUGACCUCCCAGAUACACCUACGACAUCAACCCAAAGGGAAGUUAAUGUUGAAUUGACUGAGGAGAUCAAAAGAAACCUAAACGAUGAGUUUUCUAGCAAUGGGAAUGGCAAGAAGCUGAAGAUAAAAAUCAAACAGGAACCACUCUAAAUGGGGUUUCAAAGGCGGAAGAUUUUGUAUCAUGUUUUUUGUUAUCAUCUGAUCCAUCAUCCAUCUAUGUUUUUGAUGGAAAACAGUAUCAAAUGGCAGUAUGUAUGCCUUGGCUUUUUGGAAGUGUAGAAAAACACUAUUUGUGGGAACUCUUCAAAUAACCAACACUAAGACUAUUUAUGUGAUGUAUGUUAUAUUUUGCCCUAUCCUCUAUGGAUUAUUUAGGGAUUUACAAGUAUAGAGGAACUCUGUA